UUAAAAAAUUAUAAGAACUACAAUAAAACAAAAAAAAAUGAUAUAUAUGGUUGACAAAUAUUUAUUUUAAUUAUAUAAUGGCAAAUGGAGAACGAUAUUUACACAUAACACACACGCAUAUAUAAGAAAAAAUGAAGGGAAAAAAAAUAAACCAGAGAUGCCCUCAACUCGAAAAUCUAAAAAACCUAUGUUUCAGAAAGGUAUUCAAAACUCUCGAGGUGCCCUUUAUAAGAGCAUCCUACGAUGAGUAGGAAUCUCCAGAUGGCCAGGCAUCUUACAAUACUACAUAAUAAACGUUGUAAUCUAGAUGCUUACUCCAUGGAAAUCUAGAAUGCUGGUGAAAUAAACGACCAUUAAGAAUUGUAAAACAUUCCUUUGCAAACAGAUUGAGAAAACCCAGCUGAUACUAUUUUAAUUUGCAAUAAUUUAAUCUAGAAUAUUUUAUUUGUAAUAACUAAGUCUAUGAACUUUCAAAUUUGUAAUAAUUUAAUUCUUACCAUGAAAUUUUCCUUCACAAUUAAGUGCCAUUUUUUAAUUUUCUAACAACUUAAUUUUUGUAAUUUUAAAACAUUUUCUACUUGAUGGACUAUAAAAUUGAAAUAUAAAGACUAAAUCAUUACAAACUAAAGUUCAAGAAAGUUCAGAGACUUAAAAUAAAUUUUAACCUUAAUUUUCUAUUUAUUUGUGAUCUUGGCGAGGUUAAAAACAAGUUUCAUUCUUUUUUUUUUUUUUUCCUUCAAAAUUUCAUAGAGGAUAUACAAAUUUUCUUAAGAAAAUAACUCAAAAGUCAAAAGACACAUUUUGGUAAUCAAAAUGCAAAACUCCACAUGCACGAUGUCACAUUUUUUUUAACAUAAAAUUCUUUAUUAAAGAGAUUACAAUGAAGAAAGUUAUCAUCAAGUCAAAAUGAGAAUCUAGUUUCAAAUUUCAUGCACUUUCUCAUCUUCAAAGCAGAAACUGUUAAACUAAUUUAUUUGUAUUUAUAAAGUUCAUAGACAGCAUCAUAUAAACAAACAAAAACCUAGUUCAAUAAUUAACAUGGAAGGAUUAAUCCAUCAGAGGUUCAGAUUUUCUUACCACAUUACUAAAAUAAUAAUAAUAAUAACAUAUAAUUUUCCUAUAACCACAUACUAUCAAAUGGUUGAUAAGGAUAAAACAUUCUACACCACAAACCAAUGUUGACUAUAAAUAAACAAUUUUAGAUCACAAAACAUUUCCUUCUCUUUAUUAUCUUUAAAUCCUACUAAAAAAUGUCCCAAAAUAGCAAAUGGCAGUUCCACCCAUUGAAAAGCUCAAACUAAAGAAAAAGAGAUAAAGUUCUUCCUAUAAUAAAGGCAAAUUGAUGAUCAUACAGUUAUAAUCUCACUAUCCAUUUGAGCAUCUGAGUAACAAAAAUUACACAGCUAACAUGCAACCACAAGACCAAUUCAAAGGAAUUAAACAGAAUGUCCUCCUCCUAUCUUAGAAUUAGAGAGAACAAAAUUGAAAUUGCAGCCAAUUCUUUGAAUUCACAAUGAUGCAGAAAGAAAGUGGCAGCAAACCGAGUUUAGGGCAGAUAGUUUGGGCUUCUUCGAUUGGAUUGAUCAUCGUUGCAGCAAUGCAUUAUCGGAUUCGAAAGAUACGAGAUCAAAGGAUCAUCCCUCGCUUGAAAGUUUCGGAUACGGGUCGCGUUAAAAAGCUCGAGAGCUUUCCCCAUUAUGUAGCAAGGCAAAUGGGAUUUAAAGAUACACAUGAAUGCCCACAUCUUUGCAAGUUGGCUUCUGAGUACAUAGCUAAAUCAGAAGAAUGUGAAGAUGAUAUCUAUUCUUUUUUCUCAAGUGAGCUGCAUGCAGAUUCACUUUUUGUCAAACUUGUGGAAGAGUUUGAGAGAUGUAUUCUCAGUUAUUUUGCAUUCCAUUGGAACCAAACAGAUAUUAUGAUUAGUCAGAUUUUGAGUUCUGACCACCAGGAGCCAAAAAAGAAGCUCAGAAGCAUUGUAAUGGCUGCAACCAGGGAACAGAGGUUUGAGAGGGUAACCAAGAACCUGAAAGUUGCAAGAGUAUUUACAACUUUGGUUGAGGAGAUGAAAGCAAUGGGACUCGCAUCCACCGACGACUCUCAAUGCACAGAAGUGAUGGCUCCAAUGGCUCAUGCCGACAGAAGUCCGAUGCUCCUGUUCAUGGGCGGCGGUAUGGGGGCGGGGAAGAGUACAGUGCUUAAGGACAUUCUCAAAGAGCCAUUCUGGGUAGGAGCAGGACCUAAUGCAGUUGUAAUUGAGGCAGAUGCUUUUAAAGAAUCAGAUGUUAUUUAUAGAGCUCUUAACUCCACCGGUCAUCAUCAUGACAUGCUCCAAACUGCUGAACUGGUGCAUCAAUCAUCCACAGAUGCAGCUUCAUCGCUUCUAGUGACAGCACUGAAUGAAGGACGAGACGUGAUCAUGGAUGGAACAUUGUCGUGGGUACCGUUCGUAGUUCAGACAAUUACGAUGGCUAGGAAUGUCCACCGUCGACGUUAUCGAAUGGGAGCUGGCUAUAAGGUUGGUGAUGAUGGCACUGUAACCGAAAAUUAUUGGGAACGAAUAGAAGAUCAAGAACCAGAUCAAGUUGGGGGAAAGAGAAGAAAACCAUACAGGAUUGAACUUGUUGGAGUUGUUUGUGAUGCUUAUUUAGCUGUCAUAAGGGGCAUAAGGAGAGCUCUCAUGUGUAGAAGAGCUGUAAGAGUAAAAUCUCAACUUAAAUCCCACAAGAGAUUUGCAAAUGCAUUCUUAACAUAUUGCCAAUAUGUUGAUAAUGCAAGGCUAUAUUGCACCAAUGCUUUGGAAGGCCCACCAAAGUUCAUUGGAUGGAAAGACAAGGACAAGACAUUGUUGGUUGAUCCAGAAGAAAUAAAGUGUCUAAGAACUGUUGGGAGUUUAAAUGAAGAAGCAAGCUCCAUACAUGAACUUUAUAAAAAACCAAGUCCUGCUUGUGAAGCUGGAUCAGUUUGGAAAGACAUUGUGUUAUCACCUUCAAGGUUAACCAUCCAACAAGAACUCAAAUAUUGCAUCAAGAAAGUUGAAAGUUUGAAAUCUUUAGGCAAAAAUGGAGCAGCUGAAUUUUUAACUUCCUAACUUUUUCAAUGAUGAAGCUAAGUAGAUAUCUUCUCUUUCUUUUUUUUUUUUUUUUUUUUCAUCUUUUAAUUCAUCUUGACAACUGAGGGCUAAUAUUUUUGUUCAUGUUGUUGGGAUGGAUUAAUUCAAUAUAGAUGAGGCUUUGUGUAGAACUCUAUUUUCAAUACAAAAUAUGAGGAAAUCUUAGCAAGAUAUUUAGAAUCUCUAUAAAUGUUAGAAUG